GCAGAGUGGACUGAGCAGCCAGUGGGGGAGAGCAGUUAAGGCACCAGCCACUACACAGAGCACCGGCUCCCUCCUGCCUGAAGAUGUUCCGCCAAAUUUGGGCAGCUCUACUCUACCUCUAUGGCAUUCUCCUUAACUCCAUCUACCCCUGCCCUGAGCACAGUCAACUGACAACUGAAGGAGUAGAUGGGAAAGAGUUCCCAGAGCCCCACCUGGGCCGGUGGUACUUUAUCGCAGGGGCAGCUCCCACCAAGGAGGAGUUGGCGAAUUUUGACCCUGUGGACAACAUUGUCUUCAACAUGGCUGUGGGCUCUGCCCCCAUGCAGCUCCAGCUUCGAGCUACCAUCCGCACGAAAAAUGGGCUCUGUGUGCCCCGGAAAUGGAUCUACCACUUGUCUGAGGGGAGCACAGAUCUCAGAACUGAAGGCCGCCCUGACAUGAAGACGAAGCUCUUCUCCAGCACUUGCCCAGGUGGAAUCAUGCUGAAAGAGACAGGCCAGGGUUACAAGCGCUUCCUCCUCUACAAUCGCUCACCACACCCUCCUGAGAAGUGUGUGGAGGAAUUCCAGUCCCUGACCUCCUGCCUGGACUUUAAGGCCUUCUUACAGACUCCCAGGAAUCAAGAGGCCUGCGAGCUGUCCAGUAACUGACCUGUGGCUUCAUCUGUGCCCCCCAGAUGGAUACAGUGGGAGCUGAGAUUGUGGUGGGGGGAGAAGCUGGAGACUUGUAACUACCUUUCAAGAGUAAUAAAGAUGAUUUU